ACCUCAACCCCCCCCCCCCCCCCCCCCCCCCGCCGCCGCCGCCACCAAGGGCUCCAGCCCUGCGCCGCCGACCUCAGAGCAGCACAGCCUUAACGCCCCCGCUCGCUGCUCAGGCGGAAGAUCUUUCGCCGGGGAUCUGAUCUCCGGAGCUCUCCCCUCACUCCGUCGUCCCGCAGCUCCCGUUCCCCCACUGCGCCGCCUGUCCCCUCCCACGCCUCCUCGUCUCUGCUUAGCUUUGAUUCUACGAAAAUCGGCACACUCAGUUGUGCAUGACUACAUUGGUUCGUCUCGCCGGAAGAGCAGCUUCCUGGAGCAGUGCCUGCAAUCUUUGUUGCAGGAGUGACAAAUCGGCGCCGCCCUGUGGUCUCGGCUUGUUUGCACAGCGUGGGAGGGCGUUUCAGGGCGUGAGAAUGGCGAAUGCUGGCAGCAACAGUGGGCGUGGCGCUCUGAUUGUACUGGAAGGGUUGGACCGGAGUGGCAAAUCAUCACAAUGUGCUCGGCUGCUGUCCUAUCUGGAAGGCCAAGGUUGCCGUGCUGAAGGGUGGCGGUUCCCGGAUAGGGGCACCAGUGUCGGGCAGAUGAUCUCUGCCUACCUGGCAAAUGAGUCGCAGCUUGAUGACAGAACGGUUCAUUUGCUCUUCAGCGCGAACCGCUGGGAGAAAAGAGCUUUGAUGGAAAGCAAGCUACUUGGUGGAACUACUCUCAUCGUAGACCGUUAUUCUUAUUCCGGUGUGGCUUUCUCAGCUGCUAAAGGGCUUGACAUUGAAUGGUGCAAGGCUCCAGAUGUUGGACUUAUAGCUCCAGAUCUUGUAAUUUAUCUGGAUGUACAACCAGAGAAAGCGGCUGAAAGAGGGGGCUAUGGUGGCGAGCGAUAUGAAAAGAUUGAAUUCCAAAAGAGAGUUGCAGAGCAUUAUCAUUCACUCCAUGAUUCGACAUGGAAGAUUGUUGAUGGUUCCCUUUCCAUGGAGACCGUGGAAGAACAGCUGAGAGAACUGGCUACGAACUGCAUUCAGGAGUCUCAAGGGAAGCCACUUACCAAUCUGACUUGGUGAAGCGCCACCAUCCCGUGAAGAAACACAGUUCAGCACAGGCUGAUACAUCCGCGUCUUUAUGUGAUCCACCGUUGCUGGUGAUGAGAAAUUAGGCAUCUGGCAGAGCUUUCAUUUGCCAUUCACUGCAUCACUGUCCCGUGCGGAAUAGACAUUUCCACAUUUGAUUGGUGUUUUCAGAUAACAUUCUUCUCUACGUUAUUUCUCAGAAAGUUUAUCUGAUGGCGUUCAUUCGGGUUGUGUUGUACUAAUGCAGAACGUGAGGAUACGAAACACUUACUUAAACACUUCUCAGAUUUCAUGGCUA